CUCUGUUUAGAUUUCGGAACUAAGAAACGUCAAACGUGAAUUUUGACUUCUGAGGAUUGUGAUAGAUAUGUUGCAAUUAAGAACUAAGAAUUUGUUUUGAUAUGAAUUAUGCAAUUAUACUGCGGUUAUAGUGCGUGAUUUCGAUCGCAUCGUUUAUCAAAUAAUGUCAAACGAAACGGAUCUGUUUAUAUCAGUUCCUCGCUCAUGUCUAAACGAAUUUUAUAGCAAAUAUCUUAAUUUAGUGGAAACUUUUUACUAUGUUACGCUUUCUGAAAAGAAAUUAGGAAGUACAAAAGUGAAACCAGAGUUUGUGUGUUUUAAAAUUAUAUUUAAUUUAAGCCCUGUGGAUGGUAACUUCAACCCGAGAGAACUUGUCGACAGAAUACAGAAAUAUGUGGAGUCAUCACUGGGAUGGGCAGGGGAGCGCGGAGAGGACUCGAGCUACGAUUCUGAGUGCGACGAUGACGGAGGACACCGCACUGCUUCGCGCACACCAUCCGACACUCUCGCUGCGGAGUUCGCGGAGUAUGUCACCCACGCACCACCUCCGCCGAAUCAGGCUAAGAUCGAGUUUGCCGUAAAGCUGGGUUACUCUGAACGACUCGCUCGGACGGCGUUACAGCGAUUAGGGCCAGACCCGCCUCGCAAUGAGUUGCUGGCGGAACUUAUCAAGCUCGCUUCGAAAAGACCGCCUCGAAUGCCUUCUCCACCACCGCCAACAGAGCCCGACCCGCCGUUUGAACGGGCACCCUUACGACACAUAGUAAUUGACGGAAGCAACGUCGCCAUGAGCCAUGGAAACAAAGAAGUGUUUUCCUGUCGAGGAAUAGAAAUAUGUGUCGACUGGUUUCGUGCACGAGGUCACAAAGAAAUCACAGUUUUUGUGCCGAAAUGGCGAAAGGAAGCGUCGCGGCCAGACAACCCCGUGGCCGACCGUGACGCUCUCGAGCGACUCGAACGUAAUCGUGUUCUCGUCUACACGCCCAGUCGUCUCCUCGGAGGCAAACGUCUCAUAUGUUACGAUGACCGAUACAUUUUAAAACUAGCAGCUGAAACGGACGGUAUAGUCGUCUCCAACGACAACUAUAGGGACCUGGCCGCCGAGAGCCCGGAGUUUCGAAAAGUCGUCGAGGAAAGGCUCUUGAUGUUCUCCUUUGUUAACGAUAGGUUUAUGCCGCCCGACGAUCCGCUCGGUCGGUCGGGCCCCACGCUGGACGCUUUCCUACGCGCGCCGCCGUCCCGUGCCGAUCCGCCCCCCGCAUGUCCAUACGGUCGAAAAUGCACUUACGGAAAUAAAUGUAAAUUCCAUCACCCGGAGCGUGCGGGACGACCACACAAAUCGGUAGCAGAGAAACUGUCGGAGCGGGCCGCUCGCAAGGCACGCGAUCUGCAUACGCUAAGUCUUCCUCCCAGCGGACGACCCACAGACACAAAGAAGCCGUUGGCGAGGGCACAUUCCGCCACUCCGAGACUAGCAGACUCCUCGCUGGUGACGCACUUCGACAGAGCGCAAGUACCCGGACCCUCGCAGCCUCCCCCCGACCCCAACCCGCACCGCAAGCUGGCCCGACAGCUCACGCUCAACCCGGCGUGCGACCCCAGACUUCAUGCGUCGGCCGCUCGGAUGUCGUCGGCUCCCGUCGGCGCGGCUGCGGCCUUGGCCCCGCAGAUGGCGGCAGUGUCUUUGUCUCCUUGCGCGUCGGAGGGCGCCCUGCAGCAUUGGGAGGCGAGACGAAGAAUGCACUUUCACUUAGCAGGCAUAUUCCCCGAAGCACAAGUAGCCGAGGCGAUGUCCAAUUACCCGGAAGAAACGGACCCCCAAAAAAUGUGUGCGAUAAUUUUAGAUAGAUACAGACCGAGCGAGGCGACGUUACCGCGUCCAAACCAUUGAUUGACACUCCUUACACAACAUUUGAUGUUUUGAGAAAUGUUGCUUGUAAAUAUUUUGCAUCCUAUUUUCAUCUUUAUCUGAUCUAAGAAUUAUUCUCGAUUUCUUUUUGAAAUUGAGAUUUUAAAUUCGCAAGGUCGAAAAGGCGGGUAAACGAGGAAAUAAAUCGGUAGCGAUGCCGAUUGUUCCUAUUUCUUAUAAGAAGAAUAUUUGAGCCAACACGCUAUUAGCACACAUUAAAAGAAAAUCGAUAUCGUAACCUCAUAAUUAAUUCUAACAUAAAGUAAUAAAUAAUGUUAAUUGAAAAAAUAAUCAAAGCCUUAGAUUUGAAUAAUGAAAUCUUUAUAUCCUUUUAAAUGAAUAUAAAUGAGGUUAGGAGAAGAAUAUAAGACCUUUUUGCGAAAGCUUUGCUUGGUUCUACUAAAAAUAAGGUCGGAUAAGGCAUUUAACUCUGUAAAUUCAGUGUAAUGGAUAAGCGCUUCUGCGAAGUGUACGUCCUUAUUUAAUUAUUGACUAAGCAUAGAUUUAAAGAUGUACAAAUAAACAGUUCUAAAAAUAUUUACAGACUUACCCUUUAUAACAGCUUAACUGACUAAUAACAAAAACAUAUAAUAAUUGAAUAAAUUAAUUUGCUUUUCAUUUUGUAGAAAUAUAACUUUAAAAACAUUAUAUAUUUUCUUGUUUUAAAGUUUUGACUAAUUUUUUUUACCUUGUUUUAACCAUCUAUAUGAAAAAGGUAUUUUAGGUUAUUUCCAUAGAUAAAAAUUUUUAUGGAUUUCAAUCCAUCCAUGAUUAAUUUAAUAGAAAAUUUGACUAGAAACUUAUCAUUGCUGAUUUAAUUAAAUAAUUAAUUCUCAAGUAAUAAAGAUAUCGAGUGUGAUAUGAUACUAACGUAAAUUCUAAAAGUAGUGUUAAAUUAGGAAAAUAUACUAGGUAGGUUGUUUUUUGGAUUGCAAUAAUAUUAAUUUUGUGAUGGUAUAAUUAUAUUUGGUACUGUGUACCAAGUAAAAGGUUAAAUAUCUGAUAGUUUAUUAAUAAUAUAGCUUUUUUAUUUAGAGUUAAGUAAACAAUAUUUUUAUAUUUUAAAUGAAAAUAGAAUAUGGAAUAAUGAAUUUUCCAUAUCCCUGUUUUUGCAACAUCUGAAAUGAACCUAAUGGUAAUGUCCAAAUUGAUUAAUAUAAUUGAUUUGUGCGAGUCAUUCCUGUUGGUCAGAUGUGAAAUAAUAUCAUAUUAUGUAGUUAUAUAUACACUAUUUGUUGUUUGAUUUUUAUUAAAUUGAACUGUUAAAAAACCUUAAAUGCAAUGCAUCAAAUGUAAGAUAAAUUUUAUCUGCUUGUUUAUACUUCAUAUAAUUUUUAUUUUUACAAUUAUGUGAAGUAUAAAAUAUUAUCUUAGUUAUUAUUUUAUACUCAAAUUUUGUCAAUUAGUUAAUAACCUUUACAUGAUCCUGACAAAGUUUGAUUAUAUUUUUCGUACUCAUAAUUAUAUUAUGAUAAAUAUAGUCUAGUAAAAAAUACUAACAACAACUGACAAUUAUUAUCAAGUACUACUGAAAAAUUCCAUUAAGGAAUACUAAAAUGUGUCUAUAAUGACAUUAUAAAAUAGAUUGUCUUAAGAAUAAAGUAUCUGAUUAGAAAUUG